UAUCAAUUUGACAUUAAACGUCAGUGAUCGUACGAACUUCGUUUAACGCGAACAAUAAUUUGUCACGAUCGUCGUUUUUGUUGGAAUUAUUAUUCACACAAUAAUUUCGUCAAAAUCAAUUGAUCCGAUUAUCGAUUGGCCCACCAUAAUAUUGUUACGUGAGAAAGGAAAAAGGAAGAGAAUAUUUUUUGUUUUCCUGUUAAAUUAAAAGAAAAAGAAAAGAAGAAGAAAAAAGAAAAUAUGCGCGUAGCAAUCGUUGGAGCAGGUGUUAUCGGUAUGACCAGUGGAUUGGCGUUGAAAAAAAAUUUUCCGGAAUAUCAGGUGACCAUUUUUUCGACAGUGUUUACGCCAAACACAACAGGCGAUGGCAGUGCCGGCCUUUGGACACCAUUUUUACUUGGCGACACCCCCCAAGAAAAUAUUUUAAGAUGGUCAGAAAGGACGCUACGUUUGUUCGAAAAAUUUUGGAAAUUUGGCCUGGCCAAGGAAACUGGUCUAUGCCUUUUGCCGAUAACUUAUGUAACCAGUGAAAACCAUACAAAUAAAAUGCCAUGGAUUAAAUUAGUUUAUGGUGCUCAUUCAUUAACCUUGGACGAAUUAAAAAAAUUAAACGAGGAACAUAAAAGCAAUUAUGUAAAUGGUUGGCAUUUCGUGACGUACACCUGCGAACCAAGUAGUUUCUUACCUUGGCUAACGAAUAAAUUUAUCGCAUUGGGUGGCAAAUUGAAAAGAAGAACGAUUCGUGACUUAAGUGAAUUGAUUGACGAUGGUUAUGAAAUUGUUAUCAAUUGCAGUGGUCUUGGAGCACGAGAACUCGUCAAUGACGACACUGUCACAGCUGUGAGAGGUCAAGUUACUAGGGUAAAAGCACCCUGGGUCCUGCAUUGUUUCGUGGUGGACGAUGACAAUUGCAAUUACGUUAUACCAAAUACAAACAACGUCAUCUUAGGCGGUACUCAUCAAGAAGGGGAUUACGAUCUUUGUGUGCGAGAGAAGGACACAAAAUUCAUUCACGAAGGAUGUCAUCGUAUUCUUCCAUCAUUAAAGAAAGCUGAAAUAUUAAGAUCAUGGGUCGGCCUAAGACCUGUAAGAUCAAAAGUUCGUUUGGAAACGGAAAUUUUGGAAUCUAAAAGAAAUGGUAAAAAGUGUCACGUUAUACAUAAUUACGGUCACGGUGGUGCUGGUCUUACUUUGAGUUGGGGAUGUGCAUUGGACGUUGUUGAUAUUGUUCGAAGUAUCGAUCAAAAUGAAAGAAAACAUUCGAAAUUAUAAUUUCAUUAAAAAAAAAAAAAAAAAUAAAUAAAUAAAUAAAUAUAAUCUCGUAGAACGAUCAUAA